AGUAUUUAUCUUUUCUUGAGAAAAGGUAUUACAUGGAGCUUUGAACGAAACCAUAACAGGAUGACAGGCCCAAAUGUUGGCAGACCCUUGUUUGAGCAACUAUAUAAGAAGUCUGCCCCUCGGAUUGCACUUGAAUCCAUCCAAACACCCCACCUUAAUUCACGUCAUCCAACAUUGGAAAUGGCGAACCGAGAGGAGCCUUAUUCUACCACUGGCGGCACUGCUGCAAAAGCUCCUCCGGUGGCGAUGGACGCCAAACUGCUGAUGGCGGAAUGCCCUGAAGAUCGCAAACUUCUCAAGGAGCUUGUGCACAAGGAAGACGCUUCGAAGAUGAUGGUGGUUUUGGCGUCAACCACCAACCAGCCUGCUGCAGAGAAGCCUGCGGCAGCCCGUGCAGUAAUGAAUCCGCUGCUGCUAGCAGCAGCAUCCUUUGGUGCUUGCGAGGUUUUCUACUUUCUUUUCUGCAGAGAAGACGCACGAGAGCCGCUGCCGACAAUGACGGCUCGUGCAUUUCACGCCAUGCUUGCUGGGGACGCCUCCGGCGCCGAUGGGCGGUGGCCGUCGACCCAUCAGCAAGCUCUCGACGAAGUAGAAGAAGGCGGCGCCGGUGCCGCCGUUGCCGUUGGUCAUCAGUCCACUCGACGGCUACCACCACCUGACGCGCCGCUCCUGGAGGGCAUCACCGUUGAAGGUGACACCGCGCUGCACGUGGUGGCCACCCAUGGUAACGCCGCCAACUUCUUGGAGUGCGCUGAAAUCAUCUGCAACAGAGCCAGACGCCUACUGUUGGCGACUAACGACAAGGGUGACACGGCCCUGCAUUGCGCUGCCAGGGCCAGGAGGUUGGAGAUGGCCUCUCGUCUCAUUGCUCUAGCCAAAGCUAGGGAAGACCACGAAGUCGAACGUGGCCAAGCAGCAUCGUUUGGCAAGGUACUCCUGAGAACUGAAAAUGAGCGCAAUGAAACAGCCUUGCAUGAUGCAGUUCGCGCCGGAGAUGGUGACAUGGUCCGGCGGCUAAUGGACGAGGACCCAGAUUUGGCUUUGUUUCCAGUACAGGGCACUUCACCCUUGUACCUGGCUAUCUCUCUACGGAAUGGCACUAUUGCUGAGAUACUACAUGAGAAGAGCAAUGGGAAUAUAUCCUACUCCGGACCACAUGGACAAAAUGCACUACAUGCUGCUGUUCUUCUUCGACAUACAGCGGUGUUAGAACUACUAUUGAAAUGGAACAGCAACCUUACAAAACAAGGAGACGAAAAUGGGAGUACACCUGUUCAUUUUGCCGCAUCUUUUCCUCUAUGGCAUCGAAAAUUCCAUUGGAGACAUCCUUGGAUUAUUCGUGUUCCCCAUAGUCUCUCGAUGUUGUUAAACACUGGUGAGGUAGAUCCAUUCUAUCAAUCCGACAAGAAUGGAAUGUUUCCCGUACACGUCGCUGCUGCCGUGGGGGCAGAACUUACCGUCGCUUUUUUGCUCGACAAGUUUCCCAACAGCGCGGGUUUGCGUGAUGCCAAGGGAAGGACAUUCCUCUAUGUCGCAGUUGAGAAACAGAGUUUAGCUGUUGUUAGGUUCGCUUGCCGGACUACGUCGUUACAGUGGAUUUUGAACAUGCAAGACAAGGAUGGCAACACUGCACUGCACCUUGCUAUCCAGGCCAAUCACCAUCGAUUGUUUUGUGCUCUUUUAGGGAAUCCUCAAGUCAAUUUAGAUUUAACAAAUCAUAGUGGGCAUACUCCUCUCGAUUUGUCCAGAAGGAUGCUUCCCAGAGGGAUGAAAUAUACGGCGAACACUGAGGAGCUCAUAUAUUUGACACUCAAACAAGUUGGCUCUGAACACUAUCACGAUCGCCGGGAUCACAUCGAAGAAAUCUAUAGCCGUCGUGUGGUAUCAAAAGAGGAUCUGGCCGAAGAAUUAGACAAGAUGCAAGAAUCGACACAAACACUAGGCAUUGGUUCGGUUCUAAUUGUGACUGUGACGUUUGGUGCAAUGUUUGCUCUUCCUGGAGGAUAUAGAGCUGAUGAUCACCCUUAUGGAGGCACACCAACAUUUUCUGGGAGGUAUGCUUUUCAUGCAUUCAUGAUGGCUAAUACGUUAGCAUUCAUUUGCUCGUCAAUAGCUACCAUCGGUCUCAUGUACUCAGGAUCUUCUAUGGUUAACUUGCGGACAAGGCAAUAUAACUUUGGGAUAACCGCAUUUCUCAUGACCAAUUCAGUCACAAGCUUGACAAUUGCCUUUGCACUUGUUGCUUAUAUGGUGCUAGCUCCCGUUGAUCAUAAAACUGCAGUUGUAAUCUGUGUCUUGAGUCCUCUUGUUGUAAUAUAUAUCAACAUCGAUUCUUGGAUAAAAUUGGCUGUUAUUGAACAAUCGCUAGGCAGUAGAAUGGGGUUACGUUCGACACCGCCAAGGGUCAUACGGAUGAUGCUAUGUAAUCUUUUAUUUCAAUUUUGGCCAUUCAUAGUCAUCUUUAGUUUUAGUUGGAUUGUAUAUAAAAGGACAGCCACACACCUUUGAUGUGACCAAGCAUCAAAAUGUUUAUAGGGAUAGGAUUUGCGUACGUGCAUUCAUAGGGGUGAGUGUGUGUGUUGUGAGUGUCUGUGUUAUACUGUGUAAUUCUGAAAAUAGGUGGUAGUCCCACAAGA